UGUUAUUUAUCAAUCCCAUUUGCAUUGUCAUUUACCAUACCCACCAUUCAGGAGGAAAAUAAAAUAUCAUUAGAAAUAUUAUUGGUUUUUUGUAUGAUUUGGGUAAGUGAUUCUGCAGCCUAUUUUGUAGGAUCUUUUUUUGGAAAACAUAAAUUAGCGCCUAGGAUAUCUGAAAAUAAAACAAUAGAAGGAUUUUUUGGGGGAGUAGCUGGGGUUAUUAUCACAGGUUAUAUAAUACAAAAUCACAUGAAUUUGCCCAUAAAAGGGAAUUGGAUUAUUAUAUCCGUUAUAGUUGCUAUAGCUGCACCAAUGGGGGAUUUGGUUGAGUCAAAAUUAAAACGAGUUUUUAAUGUAAAAGACAGUAGUCAACUUAUACCAGGGCAUGGAGAUAGAAAUACAGUAGCAGAGUCAAACCAAAUUGUUGCUCCGGCAGAUGGGAAAGUGGUAAUUAUUAGAAAAGAGUUUGAGAAAGAAUAUUUAAAAAAAGAAUGUAUACAAGUAUCCAUUUUUAUGUCGCCAUUAAAUGUGCAUGUAAAUAGAUAUCCAUUAUCUGGCAAGGUAGUAUAUACCCAAUAUCAUCCAGGUAAAUAUUUAUUUGCAUGGCUCCCAAAAUCUUCUGAAUUGAAUGAAAGAACCUCUGUGGUGGUGAAACAUGAAAAUGGACAAGAGAUUCUUUUUAGGCAGAUUGCAGGAGCAUUGGCUAGGAGAAUAGUGCUUUAUUCUAAGAUAAAUGAUAGCGCAGAGGUGGGAGAGGAUUACGGCUUCAUUAAGUUUGGUUCAAGGGUGGAUAUUUUUUUACCUUUGGGCACAAAAAUAUUGGCUAAGGUGGGAGAUGAACCUGUGGGUGGAGAAACUAUAAUUGCAGAACUUAACAAAAAC